CCUCGUCUGUGACACUCAUCCCGGUUUUUCCAAAAAUUUACAAUUUUUAUUCGUUUCAGAUAAAUAUUAAAUAUGGCGGAGUACGUGGAGCAGAGGAUGGAGGAGAUGAUACCGGAGGUGGAGGAGCUGGAGAGGGUUGGACUGCUCUCUGGUCCCGAGGUGAGGGAGCUCAUUAAGAAGAGGAAACAUUUCGAAUACAAGAUACAGAAGAGAACUAAGAAAAAGGAAGAUUUUUUCGGAUAUAUCGAGUACGAGACUAAUCUAAUGAACUUAAUUCAACUCAGAAGAGACGAAAUUGGAUACCAUCAUAAAAAAGGACACAUUGAGAACGGAAUUAAGACGAGAAUAAACAAGCUUUACAAAAUACUUUGUCACAGAUGGCAAUCUGACACAAAAAUAUGGCUCUCGUAUAUUGAUUGGUUGAAUAAGAUGAAAUGGAAAAGUUCUGUCAGCAAAACUAAUCUAAGACUUCUUCAGGUGCACAAUAACAACCCUAAGCUGUGGAUAGCUGCUGCUAAGUAUGAGUUUGAAAACGGAGCGGCUGAAAACGGUCGCCAGAUUCUCCUCCAGGAUUUCAGGGUUUAUACUAGCUGUAAACAUCUACAACUAUUUUUUUUGCCAGAAAUAAAAGUUUAUGACCCUGUAAAUAAAUAAAGCUUCUUGCCCGGAUCGAUCAGUGUCAAUUUUUUA